AUGGCGCGCGGGAAUAACGUGGAAUGUCAGUGGAACUAUUUAGUCAACCUGCAAGGCUGUAACCCGCUGGCCCUUCACAACUCAUUUCUAAAACUGCGAGUGGUUGUCUCGCUUCAUUAUGUGGCAUUCAACGCCUCUCUUGACGCUGAUGACUUCGGCCGUCACUAUUCAGGCCGGUUCUCUGAAGACAUCAAACAUAUCAUCCUGUUUAUGCGGGAGAACAGGUCUUUCGACCACUAUUUUGGCACCAUGGCUGGAAUCCGCAACUUUGGUGACCCUGAUGUACAAGUCAACGAUGGUACCCUAGUCUGGAGAGAAACAAACCCAGGGCGGAGUCAACUUCUUGUCGCCGUGACACAUCAACUAUCUUGCCAGCGACUGGAAAGAAGCCACGCAGUGCAUGGGGAGAGUAACCAAUACCUGGGAAGCUAUGCACGGCGCUUACAUAACGGUCGAGGCGACGGGUGGUUUAUAUAUGACACAGACUACAGCAUGGGCUACUACAGACUUGAGUAUGUGCCAAUACACUGGGAUAUUGCUGAAGGUUGGACAGUUAUGGAUAAUUCCCAUCAGAGUGUCCUCGGUCUUGCAGACCCCAACCGCGUUAUGUGGAUGAGCGGAACUGUUAAUACCCCAGGCUCCAAUACCAAUCCAGAUGAGUGCCCUGAAGAUGCCGGCAUUUCAUGGCAAGUCUGGCGGGGCCUCGAUAGCUUUGAGGAUAAUAUGCUCGCCUACUUUAAGCAAUAUCAGGACGUUUCCGAGGGUGAAGCUCUUCGAGAUAACGGCAUCUCUUCCCCGGGCCUCCAGGCCUUCUAUGACGCUUAUGCCGACGGCUCCCUUCCUCAGGGCGACUGGGCCGAGCAUGUAAUUCCACCCGUUGCUCCCACAGAUGCCCCCGGCGAAUGGAUCAGGGACCCCUUCAAUGCCAACAAUGGACAAGUUCCCAUCGGACCCGGAAUAUCUGACUGGCGGCGCCAGUACAUGACCAACAUGGUUAACGCCUUCGACUUUGAUAAUCCCGACUACUCCCUGCCUCAGCCCGGAGAGGUGCGCGACCCUGAGCCUCGUACCGAUAAUAACUGGAGCGUCAAUCUGUCUCUGGGCACUCUCACAGGACCCUGGGUUGGUCCAGCUAGGUGCAGGGACGGUUACGAGCAAGGCAACUACCCACCAGUGCCGUCUGGCGAGGCCAAUGCCGAGCAAAACAUGGAUAAGCUUGUCGAAGAUGGCUCCAAGCAGGACCAUCAAGAUGUUAGACAGCGCUGGGUCCUCCACGCGGUUGACGGAAAUCGGUUUGGAAACACGUUCCACCUCCAAUCUGCCUCCGAAGAGUCAUACAUUUCAAAGAAUGGAAGUCUUACAACUGAAAAAUCCGCGGCCAAGGCGUUCAUUUUCGAGUAUCAAACGCAAGGAUCAACUCAUACCACCUUACGUGCUAGUGGCGCACAGUCUGGCAAGUACGUUGGCUUGGGCAGGUCAUCUGAGCGUGACCUCGAAUAUCGUGAGAAUGCUGACAAGAUCAACUGGGAGGGUCAUAUGAGCCAGUUUAAAACCUAG